AUGUCUACGAUGCCUCCAGCGAGCCGCGCAAGUGGCUUCAUCUGUGCAAUUGUGGUCACUUCAGUGGCUGUUGGAGGUGCAGCUAAGAUUGCUGCGACCCUCCAAGAACUGGAUGAUCAGUGCGCCCUGCAACUCAAGACGACGGCACCACUGCGAGUUGGAAUCUUCAUGACUACGCAUUGGAGUACACUUCACCAGCAGUUCAUGCCUUGCUGGGAAACUGCACGACAGCAGCUCACCCUAGUCCGAAAUGCGGACCUCAUACUGUAUACAAGUGGGAAUAUCGGCAGCAAGGAUCUGGAGAAACUUGGUUUCGGCAACCUCACCAUCAAGCACUACAAGCAAGCAAAGUAUGAGGAGGGCGCCAUUCAAGCCACGAUUGAUGCGUUUGGGUCCAAAGGGCAGCAAGAGAAAUGGUUCGACCGAUAUGAUUGGGUGGUGAGGCUCAAUCCGGACGUUCUAAUCAUGGAUGACAACUGGCUGCUGGAGACGAUGGGGAAUUCGUCUGUCGAUGCCAUCUUUGUAGACUGCGUCGGCCAAAUCAACACGGACUUUUUCGCUGUCCGCCCACACGUCAUUCAAGCCAAUUUGGCAGAUUCCUGCACAUCGGGCCCCGGUGACACGAACGCCGAGACGCAUUUCACUUGCGUUGUGUCAACAAUCAUCUCAUCGGGCCGUUACGUUUGGGUCAAAGGCGCGCAGAACAUUGGUGGAUGUCGCGUGGCGGGAGCCGAAUCGCCGGUUGUACACGAGCAUGGCUUUCGAAAGUGCUGCCCAGAUUAUCUCUCGGCGCAGGCCAAUUGCUCAAGAGUUCCGGUGAAGCACAGCCAAAAGGAUCUGCUCCAACUCAGCUCCGAGGCAUAG